AGCUGCUAAUGGGCCAGUGGGCCACCACAUAACUCUCAUGAGUCAAUAAUAAAUUGGUAAAAUCUGAUUAGAGGACCGCCAAAUUGGUCCUCGGUGACAUUAAUGAAACAGCAACGGCCAGGGCAUGUGUCCAAAACCAAACACACGCGUAUGCCCAAAGAUAAAUUCACACAUUACUUUCGUAUGAUUGCUGAUCCAUCUCCGUCUUCUCUUCCUCCUUGGCUUCUUCUUCUUCUUCUUCCUCUUCUUCUGCAUGCUUAAAGUCCCCACACAUCCAUGGCCUCGGAAGCACGACCUCAGGGUCUAACACCAGAAGAAUUCGCAGAACUUGAACCCAUCAUCCAAAAAUACCACAAAUUCGAGCCGUCCCCCAACACGUGCACUUCCAUUAUAACCCAACGAAUCGACGGUCCCGCUCGCAGAGUGUGGCCUUUCGUUCGGAGUUUCGAGAACCCUCAGAAGUACAAGCACUUCAUCAAGAGCUGCAACAUGAAGGGUGACGGCGGCGUUGGCAGCAUCCGAGAGGUCACCGUCGUCUCGGGCCUUCCGGCGUCGACAAGCACCGAGAGGCUCGAGAUUUUGGACGACAGCAAACACAUACUCAGCUUCAGGGUUGUGGGCGGCGAACACCGGCUCAACAAUUACCGGUCCGUCACGUCGGUGAAUGAGUUCAAGAAAGAAGGGACGGUAUAUACGGUCGUAUUGGAGUCGUACAUCGUGGACAUACCGGAGGGCAACACCGGAGAAGAUACGAAGAUGUUCGUGGACACUGUUGUGAAGCUCAACCUGCAGAAACUCGGGAUCGUGGCCAUGGCCACGCCGCUUCCUCAGGACUAAUUAAACAGUGAGAUCUGUAGUGUUCCGUCAAUCAUCGUUCUUGAGUCUUGACCUCAUCGGCGGCCGGUAAUGGUCACAGCUGCAACUUCCUUGUCAUUUUCCUUUUCCGGGAUAAUAUAAUAUUAUAGGUGUCUGGUUAGACAUUUGGCAUUAAUGUAAUUUGUAAAUUUGAAAUUAGUUAAUUAGUUUGUUGAGAGUGGAGACAACUUCAGUUCGUUGUCCUGGACUUCAAGAUCUUUAUAAAAAUAACUCAGGGAUUACGACUUUUUUAUUAUUA